UCCUCCUUGUUGAUGUUCCCUCCUUCGGCUCCUCCUAUGCAGCUGAUUGCAGCAAUGAUGGCGGCUGAUGAAUGGCCUCAUGCUCCUGUUGGAGGGGACGUUUCCACGCACUCUCAGUCCAUUUUCUUGACUUAUACACGUAUACUAGAUCCACUUACAUCUCCUCAAGAGAGAACUGAGCAUCAAAAGGUUAUGGAAGACUUUCGUAACGAGAGUCCAUUGUGCAUACAGUGUGGCCUGUGGCUUGCUGAGCAAUAUGGAGAAUAUCUCGGAAUACAUUUAGGGCUUCAACUCAUCGAGCAUUUUGUGAGGCUUAGGUGGGGUUCACUUUCUACUGAUGAACAGUUGAAAUUGAGAGAGGAACUUAUGCUGUACAUAAAUAAGGUUGGAUCAAGUGAUAUUACUCUACCAGGAUAUUUAAAGGAAGGAAUGGCUCGUGUAAUUGUUGAGUUGUUAAAGAAGAUGUGGCCAAACGAAUGGUCCAAUUUUUCUGCUGAUGUCUUCUCAGUAGUAGCUAAGGGUACCCAAGUUGAAUUGAUUUUACUAAUCUUUCGUCGACUUGCAGAAGAUUUGGUGUCGUAUGAUUCGGCUCUUUCUAAUCAAAGAAAAUCAGUGAUGCUAGCAGCAUUAAAAGAACCUGGGAUAGUAACACCAUUGUUUAAUUUGGUAAUAGCAGUAUUGGAGAAGCCAGACUUCAUUAGUCUUCUUGAAGUUGCCGUUUCAACAUUGACUACAUUUUCCGAUUGGGUCGACUGGAAGUUCCUAACUGUUAACAACUGUCGGAUUGUUCUUCUCUUACUGUCUCUCUUACUCUCAUCAAACGAGCAUAGACUUAUACUCUGUGACUGUUUGACUGGAAUAUUCUCAAGGAAAGGAGCUUUAAAGACCUCACGAGUUCACAGGGAGCUUUUACUGCAGGUUAUAUCCAGUGAUGUCCUGAGCCAGCUUCAGCUAUGCAUUAACACUGCCUGUGAAGGAAGCAUGACUGACAAUGAAGAGUAUGUUUUCCUUAAGAAGUUAUGUCACAUGAUGGUUCAGUUUGGUGUUUGUCAACUCCUUCCUCUUUGGGAGUCAACUGGGUUUACUCCCCCAGAACACUUACAGCAAUAUCUUAACAUAAUGAUUCUGGCCUUCUCUCACCCAAGUCUUCUCGUUAGCUCAAUUUGUCUCGAGUUUUGGAAUGCUGUGGUUCAUCACCAGUUCUUCAAAGCACAUCCAAUCUUUUUGGACUUGCUACCUCAGCUAGUCAGCAGAUUAAGAGAUAAGCAGUUUAAGGUUGGUGACCCUACUCAACCACUUCAUAUCAGUAGUCAUUAUUCUGCUAUUGAUUUUGAUGGGCCUGAGGAGUAUAAUAUAUACUUUUCAAAAUGCAAAAGUCUUGUCAAUUGCUUGUUGACAGAUAUGGUCCAGUUCAAUCCGUUGUUGUUCCAAAAGGAAUGUGUUGAUGCUGUUAGUCUCCUAGUGGCAGAGAGAGACUUUGAAGGGGUAGCAGGAGACCCUCCCUCCGAGGGAAUCGGAUCAAAAAUGUCUCCGGCGUUUUUGAAAUGGGAUGCACUCAUAAGUUUCAUAGAAUGUUGGGUACUCGGUCUUAAUCAGAAUGAAACUCUGUUGAAAGAAGCUGCUCCUUCUGGUGUAGCCAUUAUACAAAUGCUUCUUUCCUUUACUCCUACUGAUCCCACUGUUGCUUUCUCUCACCUGAAAGCAUUGGAUGGUGGACUACAACAUUUUGUAAAGUUCAACCCUGAAGUAUUGCUUCAGGGUUACUUAGAAAAAAUAUUAACAUACGUGACUUUCCCUUCUACUGAACUCAAUAAAGUUAGGCUUGCUUUGACUCGCGAACAGAAACAAACAAGAUUGAAUGCUUUGUAUUGUCUAAUUAAUAUUGUCAAACUGUACGCUAAGUCAUUACAACCAGCAACCCAGCAGUUAUUAGAUCACUUUAUUGCUCUUGUCUCCUCUGAUUUGCUUUUAUAUUCUGAGAAGUGCAUGUUCAUUGAAGUUUUUGUGAUGUUAAAUCACUUCCGAAGCUCUGAUGAACAAGAUGCACUUUUGACGCAUUUACUAAGUGAAAUUGAUGCCCUAGUCAAUGGUGGUUUAAAAAGUGUUGUGUCAUCACUUGAGUCAUUUAUCAAGUAUCUAGGUCUUGAUAAAGAUAUAACAGACCUUACUUCAGAUUUUGAUGUUAAACGUGGUCAGCUAUGCUAUGUUGCUCACACUGUGAUGGGUGUACUUCAAAGCUCUACUCCAAGAGUUAGAAGACAAUGUGGAGCUCCUGAUGUUGAAGGAAAUGCUACCUCGUAUAGACACAUUGUACCUCUUUUGAUUGACUUUGUUCUUCCAUUGAUCAAAGUCCUUCACCAGUUGUGGAGCGAUAGUUCAAGAAGUUUUCUAUCAGCAUAUUUUCAAGGUCUUCAUUCACUACAUCAGUAUGAUCGGGAUGCUAUACUAGGAAUACACUGUUCCAGUAAUAGGGAAGUCGAUGAAUUGAGUCGCAUUCAGCUUCAGCUUAUAAUGGCCUAUGAUCAAUGUGUAAUGGCUACCGGCUAUGCUUGGAUAAACUAUGGCCCUGAGUCUUUAUCUCAGGUUGGAAUAGUUGAAAGAAUAUUGAACAUGGUUUUUGGACAUUUGGAGGAAACUGCACAGAUGAGAAUAAAAGUUGUUAUUCGUAAUCUUCUGAUUCCAAUGGUUAAUAGUUGUUCCCCUGAUCACUGGAGGCUCUCAUUGGCUCCUGUUCUCUCUCGGUUUUGUUCGAUUGCAUUUAAUUCCCUCCAGAAAAACUGGUCAAGUAUCCGAGAGCUAGCUGAUAAUGUGAAUGAAGAGACUGAAAAUGGAGAUAGUCUUUCUGACCAAGUGUUACUGCAUCAGCUAACAGUUAAUCUCUCAAAGCAAUAUAUUCAACUGAUAAGUAGUGUAUGCUUGAAAAAAGAUGUAUCAGUAAAGGAAGGAGAAGACAUAAAUGAAGACAUGCUUGAUGACACUAGUGGUGCUAAAGAUAGCAAAGAACAAAAGAUGGUUGAUACGAUUUCAGACUUAGCCUUGUCACUGUUCACCUAUGAAGAGAUGCGUAGGAUAUUACUCCUCUCAGUUUUUGUGCCUUUAACUUGGUUGGAUGGUUAUUGUGUAAGAAAAAGCAUUAAUAUAGCAACUGCAAUAUUUGAAAAGAUUCCUCCUGUUCAGUUUGGUGAAUCAUUCAUUUAUAAAAUAAUGGAGCAAUUGUUAUUAGGGCUACAAACUCAUGGAGAGGAUGGUGGUCUUUCUGUGUCCCUUAUAACUUUAACAUUAUUUAUAUAUGAAUCAUCAGCUCAUGUAUUUCCAACUCUGUUUAAUUUAUUGGCAUCUCUACCGGAUUGCAGUCAAGAUAAAGUUAAAUCUUUUAAUGACUUCAUUGCAAAUAAAAAAGGAGGAAUGCAAGCAAAGCAAAUUAAGCGGAAAAAAGAAGAAUUUAGAAAGCUUGUAUCUGGAAUUAUUGGAAAACCAGUUGGUCAGUUACACAAGAACAAUCCUGUUUUCAUGGAUUUGCCAUCUUUUGCUGUCAAAAAAGAUCAAAGAUUAAGGAAUCCAUCUUCAUAUUCAUAUGACCUUUCCUCUUUAUUUUGUUGUGAUGAUGAUGUAUCAUAAUAUUUAUUGAAUUUUGUUGCAAAAUUUAAAAAAUAUUGCACAUUUUGA